CACCCAGCCAUAAUCCCUCUCCCUCGCUGCACACAGUGGGCACCCGAGCUCCGCUCAGCUCGACCCCUCUCAGACCUACUUCGCCGGCUUCCUUCCACGCCGCCGCCCCCAUGCUCCUCCCGACGCGCCGCCUCCCCGCUGCCCCUUCCGGCCCAGCCGUCCACCCGUACAUCUCCCCUGCGCGGCCCUCCCUCCGGUUCCGGCGACAGCAUGGUCGAGCGGCGACGGCGAGGGCGACGUCAGCGACACCUCCCGUGUUUGGUGACACACUGCUGGGUCUGUACGAGAAAGAGAGGUUAGGCCUCUCGCGGUACGCCGACGAGGAGUCCAGAGAAGACGUGUUCUGGGAAACCUUAGACGCUGAUUUGCAGUACUGGACCAGAUCCCUGCGCCCGGUGCAGUGGUAUCCUGGUCAUAUUGCAAAAACAGAGAAGGAACUGAAAGGACAGCUAAAGCUCAUGGAUGUUGUCAUAGAGGUCCGGGAUGCUAGAAUUCCCUUGGCAACCACCCAUCCUAAGAUGGAUUCCUGGCUAGGCAACAGGAGAAGGAUCAUAGUGAUGAACCGCGAGGACAUGGUGUCGGCCGACGACAGAAAUGCAUGGGCAACUUACUUUUCUAGUCAGGGUAUCAAAGUUAUUUACUCAAAUGGCCAGCUGGGCAUGGGUACGAUGAAAUUAGGCAGAAUGGCAAAAUCAGCAGCAUCUACUGUGAACACAAGGCGAAGAGAAAAGGGAUUGCUUCCUCGUCCGGUUCGAGCUGGAAUUGUUGGAUACCCAAAUGUCGGUAAAUCUUCCUUGAUUAAUCGCUUGCUAAAACGAAGAAUGUGUCCAGCAGCACCUAGACCAGGUGUCACAAGAGAACUGAAGUGGGUUCGUUUUGGGAAGGAUCUAGAGCUAUUAGACUCACCUGGAAUUUUGCCAAUGAGAAUUAGUGAUCAGGCAGCUGCACUUAAGCUUGCUAUCUGUGAUGAUAUUGGAGAAAGGUCAUAUGAUUUUGCUGAUGUGGCAGCAAUUCUUGUGCAGAUAUUGUUAAGACAUCCGGCUGUGGGUUCUGAAGCAUUUCGAAAACGAUACAAGAUUGAUGUAGACAGUGACUGCGGCAAAUUGUUUGUCACAAAGCUCUCGGUCCACUUGUUCAAUGGAGAUACCACCCAAGCAGCUUUCCGCAUCUUAUCCGACUUCCGGAAAGGAAGAUUUGGUUGGGUUGCCCUAGAGAGACCUCCAACAUGAACAAUGAAUAUAACACUUUACCAGAGAUCAUACUCACCGUAAGACGCACGUCAAUCACAAUGUCGCCAUCAUAGGACAAUUUCUCUGGACCUUAACCUAUGUGUGGAGUGAGGAAUCUAUUGAGCAUAGGGUGGCUAUAUUCCUACAUCACAAGUCUUGAUGGCACAUCAGAAAUUGCCAUGUAGUUACAUGGUUGUCAAGGCCUCUAGGGGUCUGAGCUGAUCUGUAUGAGCAUAUGAAAGUUGGUUUAACUCUAUUUUGUAAUCUGCUACAGAUUAAGUAUGAAUAAAUGGAACUUGGUUCCAAUUUUGCGCAAUUAAA